AUGCUAAAAGGGCUCUUGUUACUGGGAUUUGUCCCAUUGAUAGCCGCCGUUUUCGAGUGCGGAUCACAGGAGACAACCGCAUUUAUUCGAACAUCUCGAGCUCGACUUGAUGGAACUCCAUUAGUCAUUUCUACUGCCGGACACGAUCUCACAUGUGCCCAGUAUUGUCGAAACAAUAUCGAGCCGACCACUGGAGCUCAACGCGUUUGCGCUUCGUUCAAUUUUGAUGGAAGAGAAACCUGUUACUUCUUUGAUGACGCCGCUGCACCGGCCGGAACAGGACAACUCACCGCCAAUCCAUCGGCCAACAACUUCUACUAUGAGAAAACUUGUCUGCCAGCAGUGACCGCUCACGAGGCUUGCACCUAUCGAUCGUUCUCGUUUGAGCGAAUGCGAAAAACAAUUCUUGAAGGCUUCGUUAAAAAGUCGAUUCAAGUCGGAUCUCGCGAACAGUGUCUCUCGACUUGUCUUAAAGAAAAGGAAUUUGUUUGUCGAUCGGUCAACUACAACUAUGACACGUAUAUGUGUGAAUUGAAUGCUGAGGAUCGACGAAGCAAGCCAACUGCUUUGACAAUGACCGAAAGCACUAUUGACUACUAUGAUAACAACUGUCUCUCAAGACAAAACAGAUGUGGUCAGCAAGGCGGAAAUCUCGUUUUCGUCAAAACCACCAACUUCGAGAUUCAUUUCUACGAUCACACCCAAUCGGUGGAGGCCCAAGAGAGCUAUUGCUUGCAGAAAUGUUUGGACUCUCUCAACACAUUCUGCCGAUCCGUCGAAUUUUCUCCAAACGAGAAGAAUUGUAUUGUCUCUGAUGAAGACACUUUCUCUAGAGCCGAUCAACAAGGACAAGUUCAAGCCAAGGAUUACUAUGAACCAAUCUGUGUUGCUGCUGACCUUUCCUCAUCCACUUGCCGUCAACAGGCGGCUUUCGAACGUUUCAUCGGCUCUUCAAUUGAAGGAGAAGUUGUCGCCUCUGCACAGGGAGUGACCGUCUCCGAUUGUAUCUCGCUUUGCUUCCAGAAUCUCAACUGUAAAUCGAUCAAUUAUGAUCGCACCGCUUCUUCUUGUUUCAUUUACGCGGUCGGUCGAGCUGAUGCCAAUAUCAAGGCAAAUCCAGCAAUGGAUUACUACGAGUUCAACUGUGAAAGUCAAUUCGGCGGAAUGGCCCUUUGCACAAAUGAUGGAAUUCGUUUCAUCGUUAACACCAAAGAACCAUACACUGGAGCCAUUUAUGCCGCCGAGAGAUUCUCCACUUGCAGCCAGGUUGUCGAGAAUGCGAAACAAAUCUCGAUCACUUUCCCACCACCAACCGUCUCUUCGGAUUGUGGAACAGUUAUCCGUGAUGGAAAGAUGGAAGCUCUCGUUGUUGUUUCUCUUGAUGGAGUUUUGCCACAUCAGGUGACCACUGAAUGGGAUCGUUUCUACCGUGUCUCAUGUGAUGUCUCGAUGGACAAAAUGACCAAAGAGGGAUCCGUUGUUGUCACAACAAUCUAUGAGGCUAACAACCAAAAGACUCAAGUUCUCGAGACAGCCACUCCACCACCAGUCACCGCCACCCUCACUUUCUUCAAUCAAUUCGACGAGAAGUUGGAGAAGGCUUCAAUCGGAGAUCCAUUGUUGAUGGUGAUCUCUUCGGAACAAGCCGGACCACACAACAUGAUGGUAACCGAAUGCACAGCCACAAGAAUCGGAGGUCGUGGAGACUCGGUCCCAUUCACUCUCAUCGAGAAUGGAUGUCCCCGGUAUCCAGCACUUGUCGGCCCAAUUGAACAGGAUUUCGAUAAGAAUCGAUUGAAGUCCGAGGUGCGCGCUUUCCGCUUGGAUGGAUCAUAUGAUGUGCAAGUGAUGUGUACGGUCAUGUUCUGCGCUGGGCCUAAUGGAUGUCCUGUGUCAAACUGCUUGGAUUCGGGCACCAACGAGCUGUUCACUUCUCAUGGACGCAAGAAGAGGAGCGCCUUGGCGGAAAGCUCCGAAGAGCACACUGCUGAAACUCUAUCGGCUAUCAUCCGCGUUCUUGCCAAGGGUGAAGAAGAGGAAAUGGACGAAGGAAUUACAGGAAAUUCCACCCACCCCCACAGAGAUGGCUGGUCAUCGGACACAGUGUGUGUCUCCGAGACGGGCUUCGUGUGUGCUGUUGUUUCAGCUUCGAUCGUUUGUCUUCUUCUCUCAGCUCUCAUCGUUGUUUGGGGAUGUCAUUCAUUGAGUCGAGAUAACAAAUCUCUUCCAAAA